AUGCACCGCAAGUCGCUGGAGGCGGCGCAGCAUCUGAAGGAGUCGGGGUCGGAGCGCGAGGGCUCCGAGCCCGAGCCCGAGCGCGCGCACUCCGCCUCGCCGCGCCGCGACCCGCACGACCACCAGGCGCAAAGUUCGCCAGGCAGCAGUACUACAGCGUCCUCAUCAGCGAAGGGCCGAGCUUCGCCUGAACCUGGGCGGGAGCUGUACGAAGAUCCCGAGGCAUUCCGCAACAACAGCAUCGCAUGUUUACGGGCCAAGGCGCAGGAACACCAGGCCAGGCUACUCUCCAACAAUUUACUACUGCAGGUGAAUAUUAAACCUGGUUGCAUGUACGAUUAG